UUCGUCAAUAAAUUCGAACCGAAACCACAAACGAAUUUUCAGUUAACGAUUAGCAAAGCGGGCGCACGAACGUUCAAGGAAACUUAGGUCCUCAACUAGGUGUCGCGAGUGUUUUACAAUAUAAAAGAGUGUGUGAAUCCUUUACAAGCAGAGAAAGGAUUAAUGUGUUAAAUCUAUAAAAAUAAAGUGAAUUAGUUUGAAAAGUCUCAGUAGACUCAAGUCUUACGCUUACUGCAGCGCCGAAAUGGGUGAUCCUAUCACAUUUUCCGUCGAUGAAAUGGAGCAGCGACGUCGUCGCGCCAGUGCUGCCCGUAAGGCGUCCAUCGUGCGUCCUCCGAGCCCACCGAAAGUGGAGUCUGAAGCAAUGGCUGCCAUCAAUGAAAUCUUCAAUCCCACCUAUAAGAAACCCGUUACCAAAGGCAACUAUCGGGCCCCCGAUGAAGUGGCUGCCGAUGACCUGGAAGCAAUGAAGGAUUUGGAUAUACGCAAGCUGGCCGAAUUGAAAGAAGUAUUUGUGCUUCUCGAUUUGGACAGCGAUGGCCUGAUUUCGAAGGAUGAUUUACGCUUCACCUUCACCGCGCUCGGCACAGACACACCCGACGAGCUGAUCGAGGAGAUGUUGAAGGAGGCAAAGGAUCCUUUGGAUUACGAAGCUUUCAUAGAAUUAAUGAGUCACCGCACCGUUGAGUUGGAUCCGGAGGAUGUGCUGUUGGAGGCUUGGAGCAAGUGGGAUGAUUAUGGAACGGGAAAAAUAGAGGAGAAGAAAAUAUAUGAGGAGCUAACCAACUACGGCGAUGUCAUGACGACUGCCGAGGCCAACGAAGCGCUGAAGUAUGCACCGAUCGUCAAAGCUAAGACUCUGGAGGAGCCUACUAUGAUUGACUACCCGGCCUUCUGUCGCAUCCUGUCCGGCUUGCGAAAGGGAAAGCCACGUGCAACGGAGGAAUGAAACACACAUACACAUAAAGCUAUAACAAUAUUUAUUACAGUUUUCUAGCUCAUCCAUAGCAACCAUAACCACAACCACAUAGCAACACAAACACACCGCACUCGAAUACAUACAUAAUUGUAUGUUUGGGUGUGUGGUGUCCGAUAUUUUAUUGUGAAUACCAUGUAAAGUGACAUUUUUAUUGCGCAAAUUCUAUUCUUUUUUCUGCUCUCUAAAAACUCGAAUUUUUCUGUUUGAAAAUACAAUAAAUCAAAAGUGGUGUGUUCGAAGACACGCAGACUCAAAUGCGCUGUGAGCGUUUUAAA